AUUGCAAAUUCCCGGACUGCUCCGAGCUGAAGGAAGGGGGCGGAGGAGCAGGGGUUACGGCCAGCGGCGCCCGGGGCUCAGGGCCAGAGGAGCUGCAGGCGAGUCCCGCAGAAGCCGUCCGGCGGCGGCGGCUCGGGCUUGGGUGGCCUCACCAGGAAGCGGCAGCGUCUCGACAUCGGGGAAGCCGGCAGCCGCCGCGGCCGCCCCACCGCCUCCAGCCUCCUGCCUGGCUCUCGAUUCCGGAGCCUUCCCCCUGCUCCCUUCUCAAGCCCCGGCCCGGCGCCUCCCGGCGAUGGCUGGCCGCUGAGCCAUGGCUCAGUACGGCGCCCCCAGCGCCCUCGGCAUGGCCGCGCGAGAGGAACUGUACAGCAAAGUCACCCCCCGGCGGCACCGCCAGCAGCGCCCCGGCACCAUCAAGCAUGGAUCGGCGCUGGACGUGCUCCUCUCCAUGGGCUUCCCCAGAGCUCGCGCACAAAAAGCCCUGGCUUCCACGGGAGGAAGAAGUGUUCAGGCAGCAUGUGACUGGUUAUUCUCCCAUGUCGGUGACCCCUUCCUGGAUGACCCUCUGCCCCGGGAAUAUGUCCUCUACCUCCGCCCCACAGGCCCCCUAGCACAGAAGCUUUCGGACUUCUGGCAGCAGUCGAAGCAGAUCUGCGGGAAGAACAAGGCGCACAACAUCUUCCCGCACAUCACCCUCUGCCAGUUCUUCAUGUGUGAGGACAGCAAGGUGGAGGCCUUGGGGGAGGCCCUGCAGACCACUGUCAGUCGCUGGAAAUGCAAGUUCUCAGCCCCACUGCCCCUGGAGCUCUACACCUCCUCCAACUUCAUCGGCCUCUUUGUGAAGGAAGACAGUGCUGAAGUUCUCAAGAAGUUUGCUGCCGACUUUGCGGCAGAAGCUGCAUCUAAAACUGAAGUACAUGUGGAACCUCAUAAGAAGCAGUUGCAUGUGACCCUGGCUUAUCACUUCCAAGCUAGCCACCUACCCACCCUGGAGAAACUAGCCCAGAACAUCGAUGUCAAGCUUGGAUGCGACUGGGUGGCUACCAUAUUCUCCCGGGAUAUCAGAUUUGCUAACCAUGAGACGUUACAGGUGAUCUACCCCUACACACCCCAGAAUGAUGACGAGCUGGAGCUGGUCCCUGGGGAUUUCAUCUUCAUGUCACCCAUGGAGCAGACCAGCACCAGUGAGGGCUGGAUCUACGGCACUUCCCUGACCACUGGCUGCUCCGGGCUUCUGCCUGAGAAUUACAUCACCAAGGCUGACGAAUGCAGCACCUGGAUAUUUCACGGUUCUUACUCGAUCUUAAACACGUCUUCCAACUCCCUACCCUUUGGGGAUGGGAUCCUGGAGAGGCGCCAGUAUGAGGACCAGGGACUUGGAGACACAACACCCCUCACCAUCAUCUGCCAGCCCAUGCAGCCUCUGAGAGUCAACAGCCAGCCUGGUCCUCAGAAGCGGUGUCUGUUUGUGUGUCGGCAUGGAGAGAGAAUGGAUGUUGUAUUUGGGAAGUACUGGCUGUCCCAGUGCUUUGAUGCCAAAGGCCGCUACAUACGCACCAACCUGAACAUGCCUCACAGCUUACCUCAGCGGAGCGGUGGCUUCCGGGAGUAUGAGAAAGAUGCCCCAAUCACUGUGUUUGGAUGUAUGCAAGCAAGGCUUGUGGGUGAGGCGCUAUUAGAGAGUAACACCAUUAUUGACCACGUCUAUUGCUCCCCAUCCCUGCGCUGCGUUCAGACAGCUCACAACAUUCUGAAAGGUUUACAACAAGAAAAUCACUUGAAGAUUCGUGUUGAGCCUGGAUUAUUUGAGUGGACAAAAUGGGUUGCUGGGACCACCUUGCCUACAUGGAUACCUCCAUCAGAGUUAGCUGCAGCCAACCUGAGUGUUGAUACAACCUACAGACCUCACAUUCCAGUCAGCAAAUUAGUGGUUUCUGAAUCCUAUGAUACUUACAUCAGCCGAAGUUUCCAAGUAACGAAAGAAAUAAUAAGUGAAUGUAAAAGUAAAGGAAAUAACAUCCUGAUUGUGGCCCACGCAUCUUCCCUUGAAGCGUGUACCUGCCAGCUCCAGGGACUGUCACCUCAGAACUCCAAGGACUUUGUACAAAUGGUCCGGAAGAUACCAUACUUGGGGUUUUGUUCCUGUGAGGAAUUAGGAGAAACUGGGAUAUGGCAGCUAACAGACCCACCCAUCCUUCCUCUUACCCAUGGGCCCACUGGAGGCUUCAACUGGAGAGAGACCUUGUUGCAAGAAUAAGCGAC